AUGGAGGAAGUUGAUGGGAAUUAUAUUGAAUGUUUAAGUUAAGGAGGCUCUUCUCCUUAUAAACCUAUGGAUAAUCUAUUUCAAAUCUACUCUGAUAAAGUUAGCAAAAAAUCUGAAUAAUAAAGAAGGUUCUUUAGUGGAUAAAAACAAGCUACCGAACCAAUUGAAUAAUUGAGUAAUAAUGGUUAUUCGAAUUCUGAGAGCAAACAAAAAACAUAAAACAAAGAAGCCGUUCAAAUUUAGCUUAUUUCAUUUUAUGAAUAAAACCUUCAAAACUUAAAGUAGAUGGUUAUAGAUAAAGAUGAAGAUAUCAAAAUUAGAGAUGAGAAGAUUCUUGAACAAUCAAUUCUUAUCAAUCUCAUUAAUACUUAAUAUAAUAAGAUUCAAAACCUUUUAUAAUAAGAAAGGGAUGAAAUUCUUGUAAAAUAUAUGUAAGCAAUGGAUGAAAUACAAAAUCUAAGUUAAAAGUAUUAAUAACAAUAGCAAUAAUAAUAAUAGUAACUUAUGUCUAUGUAAUAAAAAAUCUAGCAAUAAUUACAAUAAUAAAUAACAUAGCAUUUGCAAAAUUUUCAGGUUCCUAUGGAUUAUGACUCUAAAUUAAUAGAACUUCAUGAAGCCAAAUAACAAGUUAAUCAUUAUAAGAAUUAAUGCAUUAAUCUAGAAGUCAAAGUCAAAGAAGCAGAAGUAAAAUUAGAAGAUUCGAAUUUAAGAUUGAAUGAAGCUUAUAUCAGAAUUGAUCUAUUAGAAAAAGAAGCCAGAAAUGUCUCAUAAUAAAAUGUAUAUCUAUUUAUUUAAUAUAUAGAUUAUGCUUGAUUAACAAUUUAAAUCAUUAUUAUAACAAUUUGAAUAGUAUUAAUAAAUAUAGAAAAAACAAAGUUAAUAAUUUUAAUUCCGUGAAGCUACAAGUAUGAUGAGUAGUGUUUAUAGUAAUUAAUCAACUAGUGAAUAAUAAAUUCUUCAAAAUGUAAAUUAGAAUGGUUCAAAGCAUGAGUAACUCUAAGAAAAUGAUAAUCUAAUAAAUGCUUACACUUAAUUUAAAAAAUAGAAUAGUCUUAAAUAAUUCAAUUAGAUGUUAGUUUAAUCUUAAAUCAAAUAAUAAAAUGGUAAAUAAGACACUUAACUAAUAUCAUAUAAUUAAGGAGGAAUUUUAAAUUUUCCAUCUGAUUUUCGCACUUAAUAAUAGAAAGAUUUAGAAUUAUAAUUAACUAAUUAGUUGAAUGAGUUGACUAUAAAAAAAUAAACAUUAGAAAGUGAAUUAAAUAAAAAGAUUAAUGUAUCAAAAAGUGCUUUAGAAAGAAGAAAAAGAGAAUAAAUUGAGCAUGAAUUAGAUUAAAUUUAAGAUUAAAUAAAUAAAGUAAAACUAAAAUUAAGAGAGAAUAAAUUUAUUUGA